AUGGUAGCCUUGGUGCCCGCUGCUGGUGACGGCCAGGAGCCACCACAAGACCAUUCCAUGUCACACCUGCCUUCCCUGAUCACUACGGCGGGGCAGGGGGCAGGGGGACCUGGCCGACGGGGUAUGACUCAACGAGACGGGUUCAGCGGCGCGGUCUGGGGCGGAGGAGCGGGUGCUGCGGGUGCAGGGCGGCGAGAGAGCGUGACCCGGGCGGGUAUCAGCUUGCAGCCGUCGUGGUCCGCGACAGCAGCAGCGGCAGCAGCAACAGCGGCAACAGCCUGGACACCCACCAACCACCGCACGCCCACCAGACGCCGACCCUCACCCCCAUCGACGACUAUAUCGCCGCCACGAUGA